GCUGCCUACUCCGUCGCCACUGCGUCGCGGUUCGAGCAUCGGUGGAUACCUUCGGAGCUGAACCCCUCCGAUGAAGUGUCGAGGCGCUGGGAUGCCAAGUCGGUAUCUCGCUUGCCCCGCGCGGUGGCCGUCAAGCGCCCAGCUGCCAGCCCCAAGAUGGCACAGAAGAGCUUCCUGAAGGGGAGGCCGUUCGUUGGGGCGACGAAGGAGGAGAGGAUCGCUCACCGUCUGCGGGCCUCUGGGCCGUUCGCGAUGGUGGGGGAGGGCGAGAGGAGCUUCCUGGAGUGGAACGCGGUGGCGCCCGAGACCCAGGCAUACUACAGGGACGCCCUCGACGACUUCCAGACGUUUGUGGACCUCUUCGAGCUGCCGCUGCACACCGCUGCUCAGGUCGACCUGGCGCUGAUGAACUACGCCGACUACGCCUGGAGCAUCGGGCUCGAGAGAGCCGCCGUCCUGAAAACAUAUGCCGCGUACAUCUCGGCCGUCGGCCUGCGCGAGCAGGACCUCUUCCUCCCCUCGGGCUCGUGCACGGACUACGGCUUCAACCUGCACCCCAGCGCGAGGGGCGAGUGCAGCAAGACCAGCCUGUCGGACGAGAGCUUGCUCCUCGACUCGGUCGAGGUGCCCUGGUUGGGCCCGCUGCUGGCGCGCGCGAGGUCGGGAGACCCGCAGGCGCCGCUGUUCCGUCUCACCGCCGCGCAGCUCAGCGUCCUGUGGCGCGAGGCGCUGGGGCGGGCCGAGGUGCCCACCAGGUGCGUGCCCUACCAGCUCCGCCACGGGGGCCCGUCGCACGAUCGCCUCAAGAGGUAUCGAUCCAUGGCCGAGAUCAAAAGGCGCGGGCGGUGGGCCAGCGACUACAUGAUGAGGCGCUACGAGGCCCAUGCGCUGGUGCAGCAGGAGCUCGCAGCGCUCCCGGUCGACGUCCGCCGCAGGGCCGAGGCGGCGCCCGCGAAGCUGCACGCCGAGCUCGAGAGGCUCCUGGCGCGGCCCCAGAGGCCUUUCGUCGAGCUCAUGUGCGGCUCCGCCGCCUUUGCCAAGGCCGUCCACGCCGCCGGUUGGGCUUCGGAAGGCUGGGACUACGCUGAUGACCCGCGAGCCGACCUUUUUGAUGAAUCCCUCAUCGACAGUCUGGUAUUGAGGAUCUCACGGAAGGAGGUCGCGGGGGUGCAUGUUGGCCUGGACUGCAAAACGUGGAGCCGUGCCAGGAAGAAUGAUGGACGGGGUCCGCCGCCACUCAGGGACGACGCAAACGUGUACGGGCUCCCUCGGCUGGCGGCGGCGGACGCUGAGAAGGUUAGGAUCGCCAGUCGUCUGCUCGCUAAUGUUCUGCGGCUGCUGGCUGCUGCCGUCGAGGCGGGAGUCCCUUUCUCUCUCGAGAACCCUCGCUCGUCUCGCCUCUGGCUGGUCCCGGAGCUUCUGGACAGGGCCCGCGAAGCUCACGCCGAGUGGGCUUCUGUUGAUUACUGCCAGUAUCAG